AUGUUUUCAGAUGUUUGCGAGAAUGUUCUUUGCCCUACGGGUAGGAAAUGCGUAAAAAGGCAAGGAGCAUGUGUUCCCGACUGCGUCUGCGAGAAUGACACCGACGUUGUGGACGAGAAUGGCAUUUGUAGAAAUCCAUGCUAUAGGAAUCAAUGUCAAAACGGCGGAACUUGUGUAGUGGAUGGCAGUCAAUUAGCGAAAUUUCGAUGCGAAUGUACGAAUGAGUUCGAGGGUGCACUUUGUGAUGAAUUGCACAAUUUCUGCCUCGAUCCAAAACCAUCGUUCUGUCCCACGGGACAGUACAAAUGUGAAAUGUUGGGAUUCCGUAAUUACACCUGUGAAUGCGCUGAGGGGUUUGUCUACAAUGUCAGUGGAAAGGAAUGUGUCAAAGGUACAAGAAUCGUUCUUCGUGACGCCUUUUUUGGCACUUUCUAA